CUGGUCUCAUCAUCCAGAAUCUCAUCGUUAACCUUAAACAGACCGGCUGACCUCUUUGCAUCCACCUCCACUGACGACGGAUUUGUUACCAUUGGUACUACUGACCCAGACAAUGGAGCAUUUGGAGAAUCCACAGUUGAGCUUAAAUGCUCAAAGCGACCACUCUGCGCUUUAUUCAUGGACGAUGAGCGAACAAAGCAGAGUUUGGUGCUUGUUGGAUCCUCGUCCGGUAUCCAUAUUGUGGAUGCGCAAAGCGGAGCAAUAUUUCGAUUUUUGACAAGCAAAGGAGAUCAGUUCACUAUAGAAUUAGACCCACUGUCAAAAGGCACCCUUGACUAUGACUGCGUAUCGCCAUAUAAACUGCAAUUAAACCAAGUUAUUGCCACUUUUUAG